GCCAGUAUGGAUGCCCACCUCGUCCUCCCCUCCCCUCCCCCAAAUCAUUUAGGGAGACGGAAGAGAGAGACGAGCAGAAGCGGCCCAGACAGCACCCUGUUGGUCGCGAUGCGUGCCCGCUUCCUGAAGCCAGGGUUCUGACCCAGUCCCUGGGUUCCUGCAUCCGCCAGCUGGCCCUCACGGGUGGCACACAGCUCCCGGCGGCCAGGGCCGUGCCCUCUACGUCUUUACCCACCCACAGGCCAGUAGAGGCCCGGCCUGCGGUGAGCGCCGGAACGUGAAUGAAGGGCUGCCCCGGGCUCUAAUCCCCGUUUUUUGCAAUGAUCUUUCCAGUCCUAUUCUGGGGAUAAAAGGUCAGAGCCUGAGACUGGCCUCCCCCCCCUCCGCCCGCCCCAUCCCCGCCCAUCUCACUCGAGCCAGAUGGGGAGGCAGACACAGCUCUGAUCCCCUCCCCAACCCGAGUAGAGAUUUCUGAUCCAGCUGUCACAGCUCUCGGACACCAGGGGCCGAGGGAGAGGCAGGAAGAGUUGGCAGAGGAGUGACCGAGAAGAUAAGGAGGCCGAGCCACCGAGGGGGACGGGAAGGAGGGGGAGCCGACUUGAGCCUGGUGCCUGCCGAGCCGUCCCCGUCCCUCCAUGCAGGUCCCCGUGGGCCCCGCCUGCAUCUUCCUGAGAAAAGGCAUCGCCGAGAAACAGCGGGAAAGACCGCUGGGACAGGAUGAGAUCGAAGAGCUUCGGGAAGCGUUUCUUGAGUUCGACAAGGACAGAGAUGGGUUCAUCUCUUGUAAGGAUUUGGGGAAUCUCAUGAGGACGAUGGGCUACAUGCCCACAGAGAUGGAGCUGACUGAACUGGGCCAGCAAAUCCGCAUGAACCUGGGUGGCCGUGUAGACUUUGACGACUUUGUGGAGCUGAUGACCCCCAAAUUGCUCGCGGAAACGGCGGGGAUGAUCGGCGUCCAGGAGAUGCGCGAUGCCUUCAAGGAAUUUGACACCAACGGGGACGGGGAGAUCACCCUCGGGGAGCUGCAGCAGGCCAUGCAGAGGCUUCUGGGAGAGAAGCUCACCCCUCGCGAGAUCUCGGAGGUCGUGCAGGAGGCGGACGUGAACGGAGACGGCACGGUCGACUUUGAAGAGUUUGUGAAGAUGAUGUCUCGCUGAGGAGGUUCUGGAAGCCCCCGGUCUCUCCCCACCAGGCCGGCAUGGACCCCUCACUUGUGGAAGACCAGAUCCCCUCGGGCCCGUCCAGGAGAGAGGGUAGGAGGGUGCGUGGUGACUGGCCUUGCAUUGUAUGAGUCGAGGCUGGACCAAAAGUGAUGGCUUUGCCCGGAUGGCGGGCGGGGUGAGGGGGAACCUCUCUAGAAUGAGAUAAGAAGCUAGAAAUGAGAUCAGGACCAAGGUCAGCGCCACCCCACCAAUUCCAGAGGUUAAUGACAUCUCCUGACUUCAUGUAACCCCCAAUGCCUACACCCCAGCAGAGUCUCUUCCCUGGUGUCCUCUUGGGUCAGACUCUCAAAAAGCUCAGCCCAUGGUCCACCCUUCCCCCUUCUUGCUUCAGCUGCUUCAGAUUUCCUCGGUUUCUUUCUGUCGGUAAGAGGGAGGCAUGACAAUCUUGGGGCUACAAACAGGAUUCCUGGGAAGACCGGGCUUGGAAAUGGUUCCAUUAA